AUGAGUACUCCAAUCAAGCCAAUGCACACCGAUUUAAGUUAUAAUGAAACUGAAUUAACAACUUCCAAUGUUCAAGUCGACGUUAAAAAUUCAUCCAGUAAUAAUAGCAGUCAUGUCGUCGGUAUUGCUAGAAAAUCAACCGACUUUGACACAGCUACUAAUCAACACAAUAAUCAUACACUCAAUACCCAAUUAACUAAACGGAAUUAUCGCCAUCGUUUUAUAGGCUGCAGUAUUCCUAACUUGUUAAACUUACGCUUUGAAUCCAAGUUAUUAGAAAGUAUUUAUCAACGUUAUUUUUCACGUCAAAAGAUGCAAUCGUUAGAAAUCCUAAUGGCACUAACAUUUUUAGUCAAUGUUGGCCUAUUUAUAUUAUAUGUUGUCUAUGCAGUUAAUAGUACAACUGAACGAUUAAAAAAUAUACGAGCAAAUCAACUAGCUAUUACUGGUAGUUUCGCUUUGUGCAAUGUUAUUACACUAAUACUAAUGAAAAGUAAAGUCUUAAAUAACACUAUUUUAUCAUUUAUACCCCAUUUACUUUGGGCAUUAAUAUUCGGUCAAUUAUUUGCCAACUUAUAUGCAAGUAAUAUCCCCAUCUCUCCGUCUGAUUACAUUGGAUUUCAAAUAUUUUUUACCUUUACUCUUUAUACCAUGUUACCAUUGCGAUUAAGUUGGUGCAUCAUUUUGAAUGCGGCAACAGCUAUUAGCCAUAUCUUGAUCUUGGCUCUAUCAUCACGAAUCAAUUUAACCGAUAUGGGCUCACAGAUCAAACUAUCAUCAAGUAUUCAUAGCAGAACGAAAUAA